CAAAUCUAAAUAAAAUCGAUCAUAAACAGCACACUACAAACAACUAACCAUGGCUGACAGACGUUUAAUCAAGGAGUACAAGCAGCUACUGAAAGAGACUAACCCACAGAUUGUGUCGUUAGCACCAGACCUGGAGAACAUCCUUCGAUGGAAUGCCAUUAUUGCUAAGCCUACCGUGCAAGAUUCGGAGUAUUACUUUAAUGGACAAUGGAAUUUAAAUAUUGAGGUUCCCACCCUGUAUCCGAUUAAUCCACCCAAGAUUUCUUUUGAUAAGACCACCCCUAUAGCACACCCUAAUAUCGAUAUAACAUCGGGGGAGAUUUGUCUUGAUAUUUUAAAACUGGAAAGUUGGUCCCCCGCAUGGAAUAUUCAUUAUUUAGUGGUUGCGAUUUUGAUGCUAAUCGAUGACCCAGAACCAGAUUCACCGCUCAAUAUUGAUAUGGCCAAUCUAUAUCGUCAUGAUCGAGUGGCAUACAAGAGCAUGUGUCAAUAUAACAUAUGGAAACAUCAUACUUUCUAUGGAGAUGAUUACGAUAAGAAGGAUAGAAGUGGGGUGAAGAAGUAUCAAGAAGAAUCAACAGAGGAAAAUACAUUGGCAGAAGUUGAUGAAAUUUCGAAAAUAUCUGAUCAAAUUAACUCAUUAGAAGUGGAUGAAUUCCACUUCACCAUUGAUCGGAAUGAAUCAUUUGAUGUAAAAGCCGUCCAUGACAUGGGAGCUCAAGUGACAGAACAAUUCCUUGCCAAAGUGAAUGAGGUCAACCACAUCCCAGAAGCUUCUAUGAAUGAUAUGGACUCAGUGAAGAGACAAGUUGCAUUGAAUGUCAAUAAGCAAGUGGAAGAAAUUUGUCAACAAUCAGGACACCAAUCGAAUUCAGGUUCGAAAACUCCAGUGCUGAUCAUUGCCUCUCAAGUGGAAGGAGAUGAAGCGGUCCAAAAGGUGAAACAAGAGUUUCUUCGUCAAAUUGAUCAAAAGGUGGAUGAAGUAAGAAGAGCACAAGCAGAUUCAAACUCUAAUCUGGAUACCAAUGGUUCUAAUUCAACUCAAACUUCAAAUGUAGAACAUAUGAAGUUACCGUCACCAGAAUUUCAACCCACAAGUUCGAAUUCAUCUCUUGGUUCAACCAAUGGGGCAACCACAUCUACAAAUGCAUCCACCAAUUCCAACUCAUCUUCAUUGAAAAAACUCAAAAGAUCAAUCUCAGGUAGAAAAAAGCUGGACAAGGAAUCUUCAAGUUCUUCCAAGAAAAAAUUCGCUUCUAGAUUGAGAAACUCCUUGAAAUGAGCUCUCCCUUCCCGCCCCUCUUCAAAUUCCAUCCUUUAAUGAAAUAAUGUCCUCACCCACCCCCUUUCCUCUCAUAGUCUACAUAACUUUAAUCAAAAAAAUUC